AUCAAUCAACAAAAAUUUUAGAAGUUUUCCAAUCCGUAAAAGAGACAAUGGGGAGAAGAAACCGAACAAGAGAAAAAUGACUCAGAAAAAAAUUCCCAAAGCGAUAAUAGUUGGAGGAAGCAUAGCAGGGGUUUCCUGCGCACACACGCUCAUCUUAGCUGGGUGGGACGUGGUAGUGCUCGAGAAAUCCUACGCAGCCCCAACUGGAAGUCCAACUGGGGCUGGACUCGGACUAGACCCUCUGGCUCAGCGGCUAAUUAGGUCCUGGCUUAAACAACCCCAACUUCUCCACAACGCAACCUUACCCCUCACAAUUGAUCAGAAUCAAGCAACAGAUGGAGAGACAAAGGUGAGCUGGAAACUAACAAGAGACGAGCAAUUCAAUUUCAGGGCUGCACAUUGGGCUGACCUCCAUGGUCUUCUAUACAAUGCUCUUCCACCAAACAUAUUUCAAUGGGGUCAUCAUUUUCUUUCUUUCUGCAUAGAAAGUGACAGAAAAUCAGUUAAGGUUAAGGCCAAAGUCAUCCAAACUAAUGAGACCAAAGAAAUUGUUGGGGAUUUGCUUAUUGCAGCUGAUGGGUGUCUCUCUUCCAUCCGCAGGACUUUUCUCCCUGACGUUAAACUCAGGUAUUCAGGUUAUUGUGCAUGGAGAGGGGUUCUUGAUUUUUCAAGAAGCGAGAACUCAGAAACCAUCAAGGGGAUCAGGAAGGCCUAUCCUGAACUUGGGAAUGGCUUGUACUUUGACUUGGGUUCUAGGACUCACUCCGUCAUAUAUGAGCUUCCCAACAAAAGGCUCAAUUGGAUUUGGUACAUCAACCAACCAGAGCCCCAACUGAAGGGUAACUCAGUGACAAUGAAAGUAAGUGACGACAUGAUUGAGAAGAUGCACCAAGAGGCAGAAAAUGUUUGGGUUCCUGAGUUGGUAACCAUAAUCAAACAAACAAAGGAGCCUUUCUUAAAUGUGAUAUAUGAUAGUGAUCCAUUGGACCAACUCGUUUGGGACAAUGUGGUGCUAAUCGGAGACGCAGCUCACCCUACAACUCCUCAUGGUUUGAGAAGUACAAACAUGUCACUGCUUGAUGCAGCAGUUUUAGGCACCUGCCUUGAGAAAUGGGGACCUGAAAAUUUACACUCAGCUCUCCAAGAAUAUCAAUCUAUUCGGCUACCAGUGGUUUCGCAACAAGUCCUGCAUUCAAGGCGAGUAGGUCGUAUAAAACAAGGCUUAGGUCUUCAUGAUCGUAGACCUUUUGAUCCCAAGACUGCUAGUUCUGAGGAUUGUCAGGAGCUGCAACAGAAAAAAAUGCCUUUCUUUGCUGAUGUCCCAUUGGUGGUUGAUUCGCGUUAUGCACAAAUGACUGCCUAGAUGAUGAAGCAUGGCCUUUCCAAUCAAAGCUUCUUAGAGGAAAGCUUAGUUAUCCACACCAUUCUAUCUGGUAUAGCUUAUGUCGAAAGUAUGAUCUAAUGCAAUUGCUCAAUAACAAAUUCAUGUAUAGACCUUUUGAAAUCUUUACUGGAUGAAUGUAAUAUAUACUUGAAUAUUUUAAUAUAUAUGGAAUAUCUACUUUAAUCGGUA